CCUGUAGAAUAGUUGUCAGGGGUGUUCGGUACAAAUGUGUAGACCUAUGACUUGGCUUCCCUGCCCCUUCCCCGAGUGGGGAUUCCGGCGUCUGUAUCCUGACCGCCAGGAUCCCAACAGCCAGGAAACUGCUUCCCCAAGAGACAUUUGUACACGGAAUCCUGAUUUAUCAAAUAACAUUUAUAGCAAGAACAAUGAAGCCUGGAAAAGUAAAAGCGUGUUACACUGAGAGGGAUUUUGUGUACAAAUUCCAAGCUGGAUCUCAGAACUUUGUUCUAACCGUCCCCCUCCAAUUCCCUGUCCAAGAAAACCUUAAUCACUUACAUGGACGUCUCAUGCUGCUGCACAAGCUGCCCUGUUUCAUAGAGCAAGAUCUUAAAAAAUCUCUUUGUCAGUUUGUGGAGGAGGAAACCAUUAAAGAUUUUGACAGGGAAGCUGAGCAAGCUCUGGAAUCGGUGGAGUCCAGUCGGGUGGAUGUUGGGAUUUUGGCCAAUACCUGGAUGAAAGCCUAUACAGAGGCCACUCUAGAACAUGCACGUCCAGAGGAACCCAGUCAGGAUGAAGAUUUUGCCGAUAUUUACCAUGACCUCAUCCAUUCCCCGGCUUCUGAAACACUUCUGAAUCUGGAGCACAAUUACUUUGUCAGCAUCUCGGAGCUGCUGGGCGAAAGAGACGUGGAGCUGAAAAAACUACGAGAGCGACAAGGACUAGAGAUGAAUAAAGUCAUGCAGGAACUGGGCAAGUCAUUAAGUGACCAAGAUGUUAACUCGGUAGCUGCUCAGCAUUUUGAAUCUCAACAGAUAUUGGAAAAUAAAUGGAUCACAGAGUUGAAACAGUUGUCCACAAUCCAGAAACAGGAGUACCAGGACUGGGUGAUAAAGUUACACCAGGACCUCAAGAAUCCCAACAACAGUUUUAUAAGUGAAGAAAUUAAGGUGCAGCCAAGUCUCCUUCAGGAACCGGCGGAUUCGAGGCGUCCUUUGUAUGAGGAACAUGGGCAGCUGGAAGAAAGUUUCACAAUACAUUUGGGGGCACAGCUGAAGACCAUGCACAAUCUGAGGCUGCUGAGAGCUGACAUGUUGGAUUUCUGCCGUCACAAACGGAAUCACCGCAGCGGAGUCAAGUUACACAGACUACAGACUGCCCUCUCUCUGUAUUCCAUGUCCUUGUGCGGCCUGGUUCUGCUGGUGGAUAACCGCAUUAAUUCUUACAGCGGGAUUAAAAGAGAUUUUGCCACAGUCUGCCAGGAAUGCACCGAUUUCCAUUUCCCGCACCUCCAGGAACAGCUGGAUGUGGUCCAGCAGGUGGUACUGUAUGCCCGAGCACAGCGGAACCAAAAGGCAAAAUUCCAACAAGAGCCUGCAAAUGGGAAUGACGGACGCGGAGAUAAGGUGAAGAACACAGAGCGCAACCACUCUAAUUUACUACCAGGGGAGUUCUAUGUGACCAGACACUCCAACCUUUCCGAAAGCCAUGUAGUUUUCCACCUCUGUGUGGAUGAUAAUGUGAGAAGUGGAAAUAUCACCGCCCGUCACCCAGCAAUUAUGGGCUUAAGAAAUAUCUUGAAAGUUUGCUGCACCCACGAUAUUACUACCAUCAAUAUCCCUCUGCUGCUAGUCCAUGAAAUGUCUGAGGAAAUGACUAUACCGUGGUGCCUGAAGAGAGCUGAGCUGGUGUUUAAGUGUGUCAAAGGUUUCAUGAUGGAAAUGGUGUCCUGGGAUGGAGGCGUGUCAAGAACCGUGCAAUUCCUUGUUCCACGGAAUAUCUCAGAAGAAAUGUUCUAUCAGCUGAGCAAUAUGCUGCCUCAGAUCUUCAGAGUCUCUUCAACGCUCACCUUAACUUCAAAACGCUAAGAUUAAUGGGAAAAUGUUCUAUAUUGACGUUAUUUUCCAAAUGUUAUUGCAUCUGUGGCAGCCAUUUUGUGUUCAGUACCAAUAGUGACAAAGAUGCAGAACAAAAAUUUACUAGGAACUAGUGACAUCCUUACAGGUUGGUACCAAGGGCACCCCGCUGCAUGGAAAGCCGUAGGAAGCAUCCUUACAGUAUUUCAGUCAGCCAUCUUCCUUUUCCUAGGAAGGUAUAUGGGGGGGGGGGGUGAUGACACUUGUUCCCAGGGCACAUCCAAGUGGCACUUACACACAAACUUGUGGUUCAACUGCAUCUUUAGUACUACAUGUUGCCUAGACUGUUGUGGAUUGUCUGUCGUCAGAGUGAACCACAAAAUCAAUUUGCCAGAUAUUUGUAGGUGGUGAUGGUAUCAGGUUGAUAGAUAGACAGUGCCUAGUUAGACAGUCAAUAGAUAGACACCAUAUGUUAGACAGACAUUAGGUCGACAGGGUCAAAAGGUCAACAAUAAAAUGGUCGACAUAAAAAAGACAAAUGUUUUUUAAAAUGUAACAUGUUUUUGGACUAUUUCAUACCAUGUCCGCAUGGAGUUGGUUAUAAACCUUGUGGCGAGCGCAGAGAGGCCCGCGAGGGUAUGCCUUUCUACAAUUGGGGGUCCCAGAUGACAAUUGGGGGUCCCACAAAAAUGCAAAAAACAUGAUGUCUCCCUUUUUUAUGUUGAUCAUUUCCAUGUCGACCUUUUGACCCUGUCGAUCUUUUGUACUGUCUACCUUUUUCAUGUCGACCUUUUGACCCCGUCUGUAUAAACAUAUGGGGGUAUAUUCAAUUGAAGUCGAAAGCUGCCGUCUGUCGAAAAGACUGCAGUUUUCGACUUUUUUAGGUUGGAAGGGGUUCCGACCUACUUAAUCAAAUCCCAAAUUUUUCGAGAAGUCGAGGAAUUCGACUUGUCGAAAAGCUCGUGGAUUGGCAGAGUAGCUGCCGAUCCACGUGCUUGUGUCGAAAACGGGGCGUUUUGGCCCCCUUUUCGACCAUCUCAAUUCUAACUGAGGUGGGGAGAGCAGCGCCGGAGACUGGAGAGCCGGGACGGGGACGGGGUGAGCAGUGCUGGGGAUGUCACAGCCGCCACUCACAGCAGCGUCCACCCAGCUCCAGCAAGCGAGACCUCGCUUGCUGGAGCCGGGUUGAAACUGCCGUCAGCUGCAGCUGUGAUACAGGGACUGGGAGAGGAGGGACAGGAGAGGCAGAGAGACGGGGGGCCACGGGGGAAAGCCACGGGCAGACGGGGGAGAGCAGCGCUACUUUUUUAGAAGUCGAGUUGAGAUGUCAUUGAAUAGCCCAGGUCGGAUCCAUUCUGACAAAUGAAUGUCGGAAUGGAUCCGACUUCAAUUAAAUAUACCCCAUGGUGUCUAUCUAUUGACUGUCUUAACUAGCCACUGUCUAUCUUUUAUACCACACCUGUGGUGAUGGCUCCUACCAUUUAACUUGAGGGGCUUUUUGAUCCCCUUUUUGAUCACCGUUUAGCAUUGCAUCCUCCUCCAGAUGCUUCUCACUGUGUAGGGAACGCUGAAAGACGUGGACAUCACACAGUCCUUCCCAGUAGGACGGGCAGUUGCACUUUUGCAACCCCUAGGGGAAGAAAACACCGCCUGCCUGGACUAGCAGUGCAGUGGGCUCGCUGGGGGUUGCCAAAUUUUACUGGGGCUGAAACCCAGGGUGUGGAUCAUAGGCUCAACAGUGACUAGGUCGACAUGGAAAAAGGUCAACAUUAGUUUUAUACAUUUUUUCUUUGGUGUCGUUUUCUUCGUAAAGUGACCGGGAACCCCAAUUAGUGCACUGUAUCCCCUCGGCUUCAGCCAAGGUUACUAUUCCCAAUCUUAGUCCACGUGAAUCGUAAAAUGUGAAAAAGUUCAAAAUAUGAAGAUUUUUUUUUAAUAAAAAACGUUUGUCGACCUUUUUCCAUGUCGACCUUGUCCAUGUCGAUCUAGUGACCAUGUCGACAUAAAGACCAGAUCCUGAAACCCAUGCAGCACCUAGUUAAGAGCUGCCACUGUUUUUAAGCAACCUAUACUGCAUACGGUAUGCGGUUAAUAUACCGCCUGUCGGGAUCCCGGCAUUCAGGAUGCCGCCGGUUGGAAUCCCGACCACAGCCCCGUAUUCCCAUUCGGAUGGUGGUUCCAGUCCACCACCUAAGUGGGAAUAUAAACUCGCCACCAAGCCCGAUGCGUGGUGAGCACAGCGAGCCCCGAUUCCACGCUCCUCUCCACAGUGGUAAGCUUGUGCCCAGACGACGUACUCGGUGGUUGCUGCGCACAUGUUCCUGUAUAGUAAACUGACAGAAGUGAAACUCUCGUGUCCCUACAUUCUAAUCGCGUGGCUAGAACAGUCUGUAGAUGUGGCAUGCAAGUUUGGUUUGUGUUGGGCUAUUAUGCCACAGGGCAUAGGGAAGAGCAGCCAUGAUCCUGGGGGAGGCCGGAGUGACACCAACUCAUCAGAUGGAGUGUGUAUGUAUGUAUGUAUGUAUGUAUAUAUAUGUAUGUGUAUAUAUAUAUAUAUAUAUAUAUAUAUAUAUAUAUAUAAUGUAUUUUGGUGGGAAUAUCCCCUUUAACUGCAUAAUUUGUUGUCAUUAAAUGAUGUCUGAUUGAGAAGUGUAUGUUAAUACAUAAAAUUUUAUAUAUCGUGA